AAAUCCACGGGGAUUUCAUGUGAUAUCUGUGAACGCUUUCACAUGAGAACCCCGUGAAAGGCGAUUGCUUUUCAAAAUAUUUGACCGCCAUGUUUAGCCUUUGUGCUUAAAUGUGCGGCUUUGGCCGCCGUAAUUACUCGCUAUGCUUUCGCCCUCAAGUCUAACACAAAUGGAAUACUAAAGACCAUUUGAACUACGUUUCACAACAAUAGCACAGGACUUGCUUGCUGUGUACAAAUCGCCUUUGUGUGGAAUUUGACAGCAACAGGGUACAAGCUUGUUCACAUUUUAUGCUGACAUCGGUAACAAUGGAUUCAAAGUCUCUGUUCUCCAAAAGUUUGCCAAGUUUGAACAAGAAGGACAACACUACUGGCAGUAAAGUUAGUCAGCCAAAUUCCUUUUCCAGCAAAAAGCUUGGUAUGGCAAGUGAGCCACUUUUGCUGUCAGCAGACUCAGAGUGUGAUGUAUCAGAAGUACCAGAAGUAAAGGAAUCUUACAAUGGUUGUGAGCAAACUCCAAGUUAUACCUGCCAGCCACACUAUUUGGUGGACAAAGGAAAUGGUCCAGGUUCAACAGAUUUCUACUUUUUCUGCUCACAACAGGGGCCAGUGAUUCAGGAGAACAGCUUUGAUGAUCGAAUGGGUGAAAUGAAAUUCAAGUCACAAAGCUUGCAACUGUUGACUUCAAUCUGUUCAAACAGUGCAAAUGAGGAGUCUCAGUUGUUGCCAAGGGAUAAAAACCAGAACUUCAAAAUAGUGCGAAAGUGUAGUUCUGUGUCAGUGUUGGAAAGUGUUGGAGUUACAAUUAAGCCUUUUAAGAAAAGUGUUAGGGAUCCUAGCAUUUCUUCAUCACUCAGCAAACUUACAGAUUUACGGGAGAGCUGUGGUUUAAUGUGCCGCAUUUGUCAUGGUGGCAGUGAGGAUGAAGAGCUCAUACGACCAUGCAAAUGCACUGGAACUGUAAAGUAUGCUCAUCAGAGUUGUAUACUGAACUGGGUUUCAAAAUCUGGACAUCAGAGUUGUGAGCUAUGCAAGUUUAAAUUCAAGACUAGGAAGGAAAGUGUGAAGUGCUUUUGGAGGUGGUCUUUUCCUGAAGUAAGUACAAAGGGAUGGCUACACAUAGGACUUUUCAUUGCAUUUGCAACAAUGCUUUUGACUUCUGUCACAUGGAUCAUCUGGUCUCGUGUCAGCACUACUCCAUCUGCAAUUGCUGAACGUACAACAGAAGAAGUAAAGUUUGCUUAUAUGGUGAAUGGCUUAUUCAUUGCUCUAGCUGUUGGUGGCUUGUACUUUGAUAGUUUGAAGCAUUUUAAACAAUAUUCCAAACGAUGGGCAGCACUGAAUCAAAAUGUGGUAGUUGAAUGCUACACAACUGAAAACAACAAUGUUGUCCGAGGAGUCGAUGUGGCUUUAUUGCAGAGAGCACGUCCACAGCAGUCUUCAAACAGCUCAGCUGUGGAAGACACUGAGAGAGGUCAGACAUCAUCAAGUGAUGGUGCUUCUAGAAAUAAUUCUGAAGCAUGGGUGUGAUGGCUUUACAGACUGAAGUUCAAAGAGCUGUUACCAACAAAUGAUAUCCAGGUUACAGCUUGUAUGCCUUUUCUUUAAUUUUACUUACACCUGACUGCCAUGUGGACAAAUAUACAACUUCUUCUAAAAAAAAUUUUGUGCAUAGUUCAAUGUUUAUUUGCAAACUCUUUUGUCUCAAGUGUGAAUCUCGGGCUUGUAGACCAGAAAUGUAAUCUCAUGCUACCUUAAGUCUGCUGACCAAUAAUUGCUCACACGUGAUGAAAACCAGAAAACUUGCAUUUUUCACAGCCUUGGCUGAUUCAUUCGUAAAUAUGAAUGAAGUUUAUCAUAAAGGCUGUAGCCAGUCAAAGAGGAGAGAAAUCCUUGUUAAUUGAUGUUGCUCUUCCUAGAAGAUGUCAUAUUAGAAGGGAGACUUCUGAAGGUAAGGUUGUGUCACAACUCUUCCAAACAUUUUUGUAAAUUUUUUGAAUGACCUCGAACAGCUUCAGAUAUGACUGGUACCUCUGUGAAAAAGGUAAACUGAUGCCCAAAAUACAUGAAGUUGGUCUUCUGACAAUACAUUUGUCGCAGUCAGAACCAAAGUGACAAGAAAGUAUAGCUAUUACAUGGCAAAGAUAAGACAAAAACUUCCUUUUUUUAACCCAGCUGAAAAAAAUGAUCAUAAAAUGAGUUUAAAAAAAGUGGAGGGUGGUGGGAGCAUGGUGUAUCUCUAGCAAUUAUCUGGAACUGUAAACGUGUUUGUGUAAAAUACAGUGUGUAUUAUCCCAGUGAAAAACACAUUUAUAGUAGUUAUCCAUCAAAAGUUUUCAUUGAAAUGUUAGGCAAGGAGGAGAGGGGCCUUUCUUAACGCAAGUUGGGGAAAUAAAGCCAAUUUCAUUGUUUUUUUGUUUCUAAUAUUAGUUUUUUUUUUUUCAGCCACAAAACUUGUUAUUUUAGCACCUCAAACAUAUCAAACCAAACUUCGUUGAUACACUUUUUUUAUACCACAGCUGGCUCAUUUACUGAUUGGUGUAUUUACCACUUAAUUAUCAGGAGCAAAGCAGAAAGCGGUGUGUUGCUCUUUGGUUGCUCUUUAGUAUUUGGCUAAUCACCUCUGAAAGGCACUAUUCACUUGAUAUUAUAGUGAAUUACCGCAGAGCUCUUUCAGUCUCAAAAAGGACAGCAAACAGAUAAUGAGAAUAUUCAAACUUAUCAGGUUGAAGUUAUCUUGAUCUAAAAGGAAAUUCUUGUAACUCGUUUGCAAGGAAAUGUGUGACAGCUUGAAGGAAGAAAACCAAAUUCUCAUGACUUGUUUGCAAGGAAAUGUGUAACAGCUAGAAGGAAGAAUUAUCAAUUGGAUCUUUGGAGUUAAAGGGUAAUUUCUUGACAAAGAGUGAAGCCAUAUGUACCUUAUUUUUCUCCUCUGAUAUUCCCCUGUUUUGAAGUGCCCCCCUCCUCCACUGCACACUGCAUGGGCCUAUACAUUACAAUUCCAUGAUGGGAAGUAAAUGAACAUGUUUUCUUGAAGCACUAGAAUUUUCUGCUGGACAGUAUUAUGUAUUGAAAUAUCACUUGCAUUGUAUGCUGUACAUAAAAAAAGGGCACAAAUAAACACACAGUUAGGCAACUAUUGAUUUUACAGCCUUAAAUGAUAAAUGCAACUAGUUUAAGCUUGUGAAUUGCAGAUUUACCCAAUUUUUUUUUAGAGGAAUGGACCUUCGUUGCUAUCCACUGUCUUAGUAUAUACUAAUCCGAGCUAUAAUUACUACAAGCUACGAUAACAUAGGUUACCAAAAUUUCACUUCAAAAAUAUAAAAUAUUGAGCAUGGAAACGAAAAAAAUUGAAAGAGUUUGGUUAUUUUAGCAAUCAGUCAUCAUCAGUGUCUAUUUUUCGAAAGACAUGUUAUUACUUAAAAGUUAAAAUUAAUUGGUAGAAAAACGUCUCUUCGGAGAAGUAGAGAUACCAACUGUGCAGUAGUGCAAAGUGAAAGCUUAACUUGUUUGGUUAUUUUGUUAUUAUAGAUGAACUUAAUCCCUACAAUCUCUGAAGUGUCAAAAUAAGCAGGUUUCUGUAGAAGAUGUUAACUUUAUAUAUGUUCAAAUUCUUUAAUUAUUCAAGAGAGAAAUUGCAAAAUACUUAGUGGGUCCUAGAAGUUGAAGUGCUGAGUUAUCCAGAAGAAAUACAAACGAAGAUGACAGUUAAGGGUUUUACUCAGGAAUUUUGAAUGCUGGCACAACAAUGAAAUGUCUUUUCUAAGCUAUCAUAUUUAAAUCAUUAUA